AUGAUGGCGGAAAAUGAAAUGCCUGGUUUAAUGGCGAUGCGUAAAAAAUAUGGAUCAAUGAAACCGUUGAAAGGAGCCCGCAUAGCUGGUUGCUUACACAUGACCGUCCAGACUGCGGUACUGAUUGAAACGUUAGUGGAACUUGGUGCUGAGGUUCAGUGGUCGUCAUGCAACAUAUUUUCAACGCAGGACCAUGCUGCGGCUGCAAUAGCAAAGCAAGGUAUUGCCGUGUAUGCAUGGAAAGGAGAAACAGAAGAAGAAUAUGAAUGGUGUAUUUUACAGACGUUAGUAUUUAAAGAUGAUCAGUACUUGAAUAUGAUUUUGGAUGAUGGAGGUGAUUUAACCAAUAUCGUUCAUGAAAAAUUUCCUCAGUACCUGUCUGGAAUUUAUGGUCUUAGUGAAGAAACUACAACUGGCGUACACAAUCUCUCUAAAAUGUUCGCUGCUGGUAAAUUAAAGGUACCAGCAAUAAAUGUAAACGAUAGUGUCACGAAAUCAAAAUUUGAUAAUCUAUAUGGGAUUCGGGAAUCACUGCCGGAUGGUAUCAAGCGAGCAACGGAUGUAAUGGUUGCUGGAAAGGUUGCUGUUGUGGCAGGUUAUGGAGACGUUGGAAAGGGAGCAGCUGCUUCACUGAGAGCAUUUGGUGCACGAGUGAUUGUCACUGAAAUUGAUCCAAUCAAUGCUUUACAAGCUUCUAUGGAAGGAUAUGAAGUUAAAACUUUGGAGCAUGUUGCAUCAAUAGCAAAUAUCGUAGUCACUACAACCGGUUGCAAAUGUGUUGUUCGAGGAGAGCAUAUGAUUGAAAUGCCAGAAGAUGCUAUUGUCUGCAAUAUUGGACAUUUCGAUGUGGAAAUUGAUGUAAAUUGGUUAAAUAAAAAUGCGAUAAGCCGAGAUACAGUAAAGCCUCAGGUUGAUAGAUAUCUGUUAGAAAAUGGAAGGCACAUCAUAGUGUUAGCAGAAGGGCGACUAUGCAAUUUAGGUUGCGCUACAGGACAUCCAUCAUUUGUUAUGAGCACAUCAUUUACAAAUCAGGUGUUAGCACAAAUUGAAUUAUUUACAAAACACGGAACUCCACAACAGUAUAGCAUUGGCGUUCAUGUAUUGCCAAAAAUACUGGACGAAGAAGUUGCACGACUCCAUCUAAACAAACUUGGCGUUCAGCUGACAAAAUUGACACCGGAACAAGCUGAGUAUCUUGGCAUACCUAUCGAAGGACCAUACAAACCAGACCAUUACCGUUACUAA